AUGGAGCCAGUUCACCAGGCGGCUCAUACUGAUGCACUUUCUAUGCAGAAACCCAGCGGCAACGAUUCCUUGCAUCCACACCAAGCAUCUGCCUGGAACUACGACGACGCCCAUACCGCCGCGAAGGAGGCACGCAACAGUCCGGUUGACAGCCUUCUCUCUGCGAAUGGGAAGGUUCCGGAUCACCAGAUCCCACAGGCACCAAGACUGCUUGAACAUGCAGCAGCCUCACAUGACAGCCUGGGCCAUAGCGAAAGUGUCGAGAGAAUGGACAUUGCUCGUGUCGUAGCACCAGAACUUCCCGCCGAAGUCGUGAUCACCUUACCGGUCGGCUUGGAAGAUGGUUCUUCUGUCGAAACCCAGAGUUUCCCGACAACAGAAUCGUUGCAUGGCUGUCCGCCGCAGGUGACGCGCCUGAUUCCCAGUGUCGUCCCGCAAGGUGAAGAGUCGGACUGCAGCACGGUCGCAAACCCAUGGUUUGCGCCAACUCGAGGCGUUGUAUGCAACUCACUUCACGGAACCUACGCAAGGCCAACUGAGACAUUCACAUCUUCAGUGUAUAGCCCCAGCAGCACUUUCCUUCCAGCCACAAACGGCGAUGCAAUAAGGCCCAGGAUCACGGCCAACACGCAGCCACCCGUAACAGCAGGUACUUUCGGGUCGAUGCACACACCCGAAGUGAGCGGAGAUGCGCGAGUGGAGCACGACUCCCAAAGUGCUCAACACAACCCAACGGACGAGGCACCAGCUGCCGUGAAGUUCCAAGAGGAGGCCACGACGACAACAAGCAGCCUGGAUGGCACCUCGCCUGAGACAAUCUCUACGGUCGAAGAAGCCGCUACGCCACGGGAUGGGAGCAUGCCCGCUCAAACGCGGAGUAAGGCUCCGCCAUUGUCGCAAACGCCAGAACCUGCAGCAAAUGGUACUGCCCUCGCGGCAGGUCUGUACGGCCGUGAGAGGAACCAGAAAAGAGCGGCCACGAAGGCAUAUCGACAACCCAUCACCCCACGAGCAUUGCGAUCUGCGGACAGUAAGAAGCCCGCUGAAUGUGCUUCUUCGUCAAGUGCAGCCUCCACUGAGACGACAAAGCGAGCUGCGCCUGAAUUUGGCAGCCCCAAGGAGAAACGCCAAAGAUUGUCCAGCACUGCAGCAAGUACUCGCGCUCGUCGUGCAACGCAUCCAGUGGACGCUGAUGAGCGAAAGUCGCAAGUGCCACAGCAAGCUUGGGAGUCAGUACCAGCACAAUCGGAUACCAGUAUACGGCCGAUUCGGGACGUCGAAGGCGAUCGUCGAUACGUUGCGCAGCUUCAAGAAGUUCUUGAGGUACGAGGGAAGGCCAGGAAAGCCGACAUGGGCAGGCGACAGGCAGCGCGCAUCAACGAUCUGCUCAAUCUCGCCAGCUAUCCCACCGCUGAUGAGGGGCUGUUCCUGACAAGAGAAGAAGCAACCGACAUCGUGGCGUCUGGCAAGUUCUUCAACGGGCCCAUUUUUACCGAGGGCCAGCAAGCACUACCAUUGCAGACCGUCUCGCAGUUCUGCGAUGAGUACUACGAUGACGACACAAUGGUCUGGAUCCAGGAUCCUGAGAUCAAGCCUACCAAGAAAGCCCAAAUCGCCCGGCAGGUGAAGAUGCGACAAGUGAAAUCGCGCCUCGCAGGCCCUCUGUCCGACAAGCCAUGGAACUGUCUCGAGCUCGCGACACACUCAGAUGAUGGUUUGAAACCCUCAUUCCUCAACACUGAAGACUGCCGACUCUUGACCAAGCUCAAGAUUCCCGAUACCCAGGACAAACCAGAGGCUAGGCGCCGGGCAUAUCUCCCAGGAUACAAAGAGGUCGAGAAGUGGGCAUUGCUCGCGCAAGCUGGUGCCCUUACUGAGCCGCACCAAGACUCUCACGGCUAUAGCACUUAUAUUACCAUCAACCAAGGAUUGGUCGGGUAUGGAUGGCUAUCAUUCCCAACUGACGAAGAGAGAGCUGCUUGGCGCAGGAACCCAGACAUCUUCCGGGGUGGCCGGUGGCGCUAUGUCAUCUUGAAGCCUGGCCAGACGGUGUAUUUUCCAGCCGGUACCGUCCACUUUGUGUUCCGACUGCCUGAUGGAGGCAACACUCUUGCUUUCGGCGGCCACGUGUUACGAUGCUCGAACAUCGUGCAUUGGGUCAAGACUCUAAUUGAAGAGCGUAAUGCAAAGGACGUUACGAACGAAGAUCUGACGGAGUCGGCGCCAGGGUAUCUGGCAAGAGUCGAGAAGUUCGUGAAGCAAGCGAGGAUUACGGGCCAGGAGGCCAAGUGGGGUGGGGAAGAGUCGAUCACGGAGUUCUUGAGGCUGAAGGAGGAGUUCUUGAAGAGGAAGCAGAAGUGA